GUCUGUUAAGAACGAACACAGAGAACAGAGUUGCCGCCUAGAAGACAACAACAUGAGACCAGAGCUUCCUGGAUUCUAUUUCGACGAGGAAAAGAAGAAAUAUUUCGCCAUUAAAGGUCCAAUCCCAGGCUCAAAACCUUCUUCUUCUUCGUCUUCUUCAAGAACGAAACAAAAGCCAGACCCAAAGCCUCUCAAGGAACCUAAUUAUCAAAAGAGAAACAAACUAAAAGCACUGAAGCUACUUUGUUCCCGAGAGCUAAGUGGAAGUGUUGUUCUUGUCAACAAGAAGAAGUCUAACUUCAAGGAGGAGAUUGAAAAGACACAAGCCUCUAAUCCUCUGGUGUGGAGAUAUGAUUCCACUGAAAACAUAGGUGAUGCUGCUCUGAAAGAGUUUCAGGUUGAUAUACAAACAUCUCAAGGCCUGACCACAAAGAACAUCCUAGUAGCUGGCAGUACUGGAGGCUGCUUGAGCAUACUGAGAGUUUCCAAAGCUGGACAAGUACCACCCUUUGAUGAGUCUGAAACUCAAGCUUUAUAUGGUGGAACCGAGUGUGAUCCAGUUUCUGUUCUUCCUUACAAAGAAAACAAAAGGGAAGCACCUAGGCUUAUAUGGAGACCAGCACGCUCUCAUCUACAUGCCCGUUCCAGCAUAUCUUCUAUUCAGUUAAUCGGAAGCUAUAAUCCAUCUGAGAACUCCCACCACGUCAAGCGAGCAUUGAUCACUACACUUGGAUCAUCUGGUCGAGGGUCGGUUUUCAUCUUAAGCCUUGCCGAGGAGCCUUACAUUGUCACUCCGAGAAGCCUCCGAGGGAAUGUUUCUUCCGAGUGUACUAUUUGGACAUCUGAUUGCAGUGUGAGUGGGACUCUUGCAGCUAUUGGCACCAACCUAGGGGGCGCUUUGGUUGAUUUGGAGACAGGAGCUGGUUCUUACUUUCUCAGAAGCGAAAGCGAUGUUUUGGCGCUGCAGUUUCAUCAAUCGAAGGGGAACAUUGUUCAAUGCGGGCUCAGGAAUGGAGCUAUUGUGUCGGUUGAUGUGCGUGAGAGACCAAGCAGGCUCACUAGACACCAAAUACGGUCUCAAUCAACGAGUGGGACCAGUCAAGCUACUAGUAUAAAAAAAGAAUGGUUUAAGCUCAGAGGAAACAUUAAUCCAUCUCAUGUGUUAUAUAUGCCUUCAUCUCUUACAUGCAUGAAGACACUGAAAACUUAUGAUCAGUACUUAAUGGCAAGCUCAAUGGAUGGAACGAUAAAGCUAUAUGAUCAACGCAUGGUUAAGAGAGGGGUGGCUGUACAGACAUAUGAAGGACAUGUAAAUUCUCAUACUCGCAUUGAGUUUGGCAUCGACCCAUCAGAGAGAUUCCUCAUGUCAGGAGGAGAGGACUGCUACACUCGCAUUUGGAGUAUAAAGUCUGGUCAACUUCUGUCUGAAAAUAAAUUCUCCAACAGUGUACCUUCAGUUGUGUGUUGGUCUGCUGCUGAAGUUGGAUUUUCAGGGCAAAGUGAGUGGAAAGAUAGCAUUGUUCAUGGGGCAUGGCUUGGAUCGCGUGAAGCAAUAUUCAACAUGUUUUAAGAUAUACUCCACAGUUUAGCAAUAAGUUUUUUAGGCGAUGGAAGCUGUUGUGGGGAGAUUCAUCACUUCAUGUCCAAUAGAUUGCAGCGGAACCAUGAUCUUGAGGAUAGAAAGUUCUUUGUUCUUUAGCUUUGUAACAGUAGUAGGAUCAGAUGCUUUGUAAUUGUAAAGAAGUCAAAAUGCUUCUACGUUAUUUUGGGGGG